GGCUGGUCUUCCCUACUUGGCUAGUCCAUACAUCACGCUCCUCUGCACACUCAACCUUUACUCUCCACCUGUGUGGUCACGCUGAGAGCCCAUUCCUGUCCCUCUCAGAUCCACCCCUCCACCCUCCUCGUCCACUCGUCCUCUCCCUUCCGGCUGUUCUCUCGGCUCCUCAUCUUUCUCCUUCUGUGCAGUGACUAUCGAAGAAAUUUGCUGAGAAACGAAGGGGGUCUUAGUGACGUCGUAAUUGUUGGUCUGUUUUUCCCCCAGUCGCCCCUUCCCUAACCUUUUGUGUGCAGUUUCCGUGCCGCAGGAACUCAUCAGAAUGAAUGACAUCGACGAAAAAACGAUGCAUGCUCUUCGCAAGGCCUUUGCAUCAGUGGACAAGACAAGAAGUGGAUUCGUAGACAUCAAAGACAUUGAGGGAAUCUUCAACAACAUGGGGACCGCCUUCGAUAUCGACGACCUGAAUGCGACGAUUAAAAGAGUCGACAUUGAUAACGACGGCAAGAUUAACUUCGACAAGUUCGUGAUCAUCGCCUCCAACUUCCUGCAGGACGAUGACGAUGAGACCAUAACGAACGAGCUGAGGGAAGCCUUCAGACUCUACGAUAAAGAAGGCAACGGCUACAUCACCACACUCACCUUGCGGGAAAUCCUGAAGGAACUGGACAACAAGCUCUCCGAUGCUGACCUUGAUGUGAUCAUCGACGAGAUCGACGAGGACGGGAAGGGAAAGGUGGACUUCGAGGGGUUUAGGGAACUAAUGAUCUAAUUAUAUAUUUUUUGUUCCCUUUUUUUCCUUCUUCCUUGUUUUUUUUUUGGCCAUUUUUUCUUCCUUGUUUGUUUUUUUUGCCUUCUUUUUUUUCUUCUUCCUUGUUUUUUUUGCCUUCUUAUUUUCCCUCUUCCUUGUUUUUUUUGUCUUCUUUUUUCCUUCUUCCUUGUUUUUUUUUGUCUUGUAUUUUCCUUCUUCCUUGUUUUUUUUUUGGUAAUUUUUUCCUUCUUCCUUGUUUUUUUGCCUUCUUUUUUCCUUCUUCCUUGUCUUAUUAUUUUUUUUCCUUGUAUUCUUAAUUUCUUCUCCUGAUUCUUCUUCUUUGUCUUCACGCUUCCAUAGGUAUUUUAUUUUACUAAAUCGUUGCUGUAAAAGAUAUAUCUCUACCUCUGUAAUUGGAAUAAACAGACACUCUAAACAAACAUAAUUUACUUUAGCGUAGAAAAAUGCAGCGUAUGAUUUAAUUGCAUGAUCUUGAUAUCUUGAUCAUUUCUCUUCUCUUUACUGUAUUUAUGUUAAUACUGCGAUGUCUUGCUGUGUAUAUUUUUUGCAUCCAGUUUGCACUUUCAAAGACAUUGGUGUACUGAAUGUAAAUUGACUUAUAUAAAAGAUAAGUGAAAUAAUAUAUUGUUUAGUAGAA